AGAGGAUACCGACCAUGGUCAUCGAACGCGGCCACCUUGUCGCGGCCUUCCGAGCCGAGUGCGUGGCGCCGCUCCAAGCCGCCGUCUUUGCCGGCGGCUCCAUCGUCAUCGACGCGGCAGCUGAAGUGGCGCUCGGCCGGUACGAGCAGCAGACCGAGCUCCAUCUCGAGGCGUCGCUCGGCGAGAUGGACGCGCUUUGGGCCGACACGGCGGACCUCUUGCUACAAACCACGCUCCUAGCCGACGCCGACGCACUCACGCCGGCGUACCUUGCAAGUGUCGUGCAUCCCAUCUUGCAGUGCGGCCGCGUCCUUGCGCGACUCGACGCGGCCUUCCAUGCAUCGCUGCCAGCCCCACGUGACACGGCCAAGUGGCUGCCAACGUUGCUGCUCGCGUGCAGUUACUUUCUCUGUGACGACGCGCCGUGGCAUACGCCCACCGCGCAUGCACAAGCAGAAGCGCUCCUCGAUGCGGCGUGCGCGCACGUCGGAUGGCGCCGCGGGCUCGCGCCGCCCUCGCGCGAUGAGCUUGUCGUCGUGCACUGCAAGCGCGUGCUCUCGGUCGUAGGCACCAAGUGCCCCAAGGAGACGUGGGUGCGCGCGGGCUGCCCGGCGCCGUUUGCGUUUCGGUACCUUGUGCGGCAACUGGCCUUUCCGGCGCUCGACCACGACGUCGUCGGGCGCACGCUCGCGCUCGCACUGCCGCUGCUCGACCAAACGAUCGUGUCGGUCCAGCGCAUCGGCGUCGACGUCCUGCAGCAUGUCGUCGCCGAGGCCACGCCCACCGACGUCCGGUGGCACAGCGACAUUGUGUUGCACAUGCUGUACGAAACCCUCAAGAUUGCCAUGAGCGACGCGUCUUUUCUGCAAGCGACGCUGCGCUGCCUUGCUGACACGUUGGCGGUCACGUCGGUGGCUCACGAUAUCACGAGCUACGACCGGUUCUUCCCGACGCUAUUGCGGUCCUGGGACAUGACCUCGGACGUGAGCAUGAAGCGCGUGUACGUCGUGGGCUUGCGCCCGUGGAUCGUUGCUAUGGGCGCGCCACACAGCGUGCAGAUCGUGCAGUACCUUCCGUCGGUCUUGACGGUGCUCUUGGCGUGUCUCGAGAACAAGCUCCUGACGCUCGACGCGCUUGAGACGCUGCGCCUUGUCGUCGUUCACGCCUGGGUGCGCAUCCCAACUCACGUCGACGAUGUCGUACUCGGCCUCUUGCGGUGCUUGGUGUUCAACACGAUCCAGAGCCAUCUCGAAGUCUCGGCGGGAGCGCCAGCAGACGAUGUGCUCGCAAACGCUGUGGGUGUGCUCCGGCUGCUGGAAGCGCUCAAGAAGGAACCGCUUGCACCGCUGUUGGCGACAAUUGGCACCGCGUGCACGGAGCUCACGGCCAUUUGCGAGCAAGUACAAGGGGCUAUGGCCGCGUAAGGCGAAAUGAAAAAUGAUAGAAAAUCAGUUGGGUGGAUAUCGGAAAAAUG